AUGGCCUCCGGCGACGACGACGCCGCGUUGGCCCUGUUCAGGUUCCACGAGUCCCGAGGCGGCGUCCGCGCCCUCGUGGAGUCCGGCGUCACCACAGUGCCGCCAUUGUUCCUGGCGCCCACCGCGCCAGUGUCGUCGGCGGCCGUGAACUUCGUCGUCCCGUCCGUCGAUCUCUCCCUCCCGCGCUCGGACGCCGUCGCGCUCGUCCGCGCCGCGGCGCGUUCGAGCGGCAUCUUCCAGGUCACCAACCACGGCGUCCCGGCCGGCACCGUGGACUCGGCGCUCUCCGUGGUCAGGGCCUUCAACGAGCAGCCCUUCGCGGCGCGCUCGCCGCUCUACUCCGUCUCGUCCACCGGGGCCGUCACCUACGCCACCGUACCCAUCCCGCGGCCCACGGAUGGCCAGCCCGUGACCACUCCCCUCCUGUCAUGGCGCGACUCGCUCAUUCUCCGCUUCGACGACCGCCCAAGAGAUCCCGACCUCCGCAACCUCCCCGCAGCGUGCCGGGACUCUCUGCUGGAGUACCGUCGGUCGCUGACGAGGCUCGGGAAGGAGAUCGCCGGCCUGCUCGCGGAGGGGCUCGGAGUCGGGGCCGAGCGGCUGGACCCGGUUGAAGGAGUCCUGAUGCAGUGCCACUACCACCCGCCGUGUCCCGAGCCGGAACGGGCCCUGGGCAGCCGCGAGCACACCGACGGAAGUUUGUUCACGGUGCUCUCACAGGACGGGGUCGGCGGGCUGCAGGUGCGGCUCGACGGCGGCGAGUGGGUGGACGUGGCGCCCGGGGCCGGUACACUUCUUGUCAACAUCGGGGACGUUCUAAAGGUGGUUUCGAAUGAUGAAUACACAAGCGUGGAGCACAGGGUGGUGAUCAAGUCCGCACAAGAGCCCAGGGUCUCCAUUGCCCUCUUCUUCAACCCUGCCAAGCAUGGCGAAACCGAUUUUGUCUUCGGCCCUCUCCCGGAGCUGGUGACAGAAGAAAAGCCUGCACGGUACCGGAGUUUAUCCUGGCAGCAGAUGCUGGAUAACAGGAGCGCAUUGGGGCACGCCAAGCCGUCGGCACUUGAUCAAUUCAGGGUCACUGCUUCUUUGAGUUGA